GCAUUGGAUGGGCUUCAGUUGUCCUGAUAUUUUUUGCCAGCCUUUAUUAUAAUGUAAUUAUAGCUUGGUCAUUUUUUUACUUCUUCGCAUCAUUUAUACCUGAGUUACCGUGGGAAAAGUGUAAUCAUUGGUGGAAUACAAUACACUGUCAAGAACAGUCCAGGCGUAAUAUUUCACUUGUAAAUUCAUCUGUAGCAACUGCAGCUAGAGAGUUUUUUGA